AUGUCAGUAGACAGUUUCGGUGAGCACGUGUCAAUUGUCGUCUUUGGCGCCUCAGGCGAUCUUGCCAAAAAGAAGACCUUCCCUGCUCUCUUUGGGCUUUACAGAGAAAAUCAGUUGCCUCACACUGUCAACAUCAUUGGUUACGCCCGUUCGGGUUUGACCACCGAGGAGUUGAGAGAGCGUGUGAAGGAGAACUUGAAAUUGCACGAUGAGAAGGCAAAGAGCAAAGUCGACGGUUUCUUGCAGUUGAUCUCAUACAUUUCUGGUCCAUACGACAAGCCUGAGGGCUUCGAAAAGCUCGAGAAGGCGAUUCAAGAGUACGACACCAAAAACAAGGUCUCCAAGUCUGAGCGUUUGUUCUACUUAGCAUUGCCUCCAUCUGUUUUCACCACUGUUGCUUCUCACAUUAAGCAAUUCGUCUAUCCCGAGGGCGGAAGAGUGAGAGUCAUUGUCGAGAAGCCAUUCGGCCACGAUUUGGAGUCUUCCAGACAAUUGCAGAAAGAUUUGGCUCCUCUUUUCACCGAGGAGGAAUUGUACAGAAUUGACCACUACUUGGGCAAGGAAAUGGUGAAGAACUUGUUGGUGUUGCGUUUCGGUAAUGAGUUGUGGUCUGGUGUGUGGAACAACAGGCAUAUCUCCUCGGUUCAGAUUUCCUUCAAGGAGGCUUUCGGAACAGAGGGAAGAGGCGGUUACUUUGACCUGAUCGGCAUAAUCAGAGACGUCAUGCAGAACCACUUAUUGCAGGUGUUGACCCUUUUGACGAUGGAGAGACCUGUGUCGUUCGACCCAGAGGCUGUGAGAGAUGAAAAAGUGAAGGUGCUCAAAGCCUUUGACGACUUCGACCCCAACGACAUCUUGCUCGGUCAAUAUGGUAAGUCUGAAGAUGGUUCUAAGCCUUCCUACGUUGACGACGAUACUGUCAACAAGGAUUCCAGAUGCAGCACUUACGCUGCCCUUGCUGUGAACAUUCACAACGAAAGAUGGGACGGUGUGCCUUUCGUUUUGAGAGCCGGUAAGGCUUUGGACGAGUCCAAGGUGGAGAUCAGAAUCCAGUUCAAGCAGGUGGCCAAGGGUAUUUUCCAGGAGAUCCACAGAAACGAGUUGGUCAUCAGAGUCCAACCCAACGAGGCUGUUUACACCAAGAUCAAUUCCAAGAUUCCCGGUAUCUCCACACAGACUUCCUUGACGGACUUGGACUUGACAUACUCCACCAGAUACUCUGAUGACUUCUGGAUUCCUGAGGCAUACGAGGCUUUGAUCAGAGACUGCUACUUGGGCAACCAUGCCAACUUCGUUAGAGAUGACGAGUUGGAUGUGUCUUGGAAGUUGUUCACACCAUUGUUGGAGUACAUUGAGUCGGACAAGGCUCCUAAGCCUGAAAUCUACCCAUACGGCUCAAAGGGUCCUAAGAACUUGAGAAAGUUUUUGACUGACCAUGGCUACGUAUUCUCGGAGGCAGGCUCCUACCAGUGGCCAUUGACACGCCCUAACGUCAAGGGUAAGAUCUAA